GCAGUUGCGGCUUUGAAGCUGUCAUUCCUUGAAUGAGGUAGGCUCUGUCCGGGAAAGAGCGAGAAGAAACCGUUAUCCCACGGAUUGUCUGCAGUCAGGACCUGCGCAGCCGGCAUUGACUUAACAUGGGGAACCGUUCAAUGGAGGAACUUAUUCCGCUAGUAAACCGCCUACAGGAUGCCUUCUCUGUCAUCGGCCAAAGCUGCAAUCUGGACCUGCCGCAGAUCGCGGUGGUCGGCGGCCAGAGCGCAGGCAAGAGCUCCGUGCUGGAGAACUUCGUGGGCAGAGAUUUCCUGCCUCGAGGAUCAGGCAUAGUAACGAGACGGCCCCUGGUUCUUCAGCUUAUCACUUCCACAUCAGAAUAUGCAGAAUUUCUGCACUGCAAAACAAAGAAGUUUACAGAUUUUGAUGAGGUUCGUCUGGAAAUUGAAUCAGAAACGGACAGAGUCACUGGAAUGAACAAAGGGAUUUCUCCGAUUCCAAUUAACCUGAGGGUAUACUCCCCCAAUGUCCUGAAUUUGACCCUGAUUGAUCUGCCUGGGAUCACCAAAGUGCCAGUUGGGGAUCAGCCUCCGGAUAUUGAGCACCAGAUCGGAGAUAUGAUCAUGCAGUUCAUCUGUCGCGAGAACUGCCUUAUCCUAGCAGUGACUCCUGCCAAUACCGACCUGGCCAACUCUGAUGCACUAAAACUUGCCAAAGACUUAGAUCCUCAAGGUCAGCGGACUAUCGCUGUUAUAACAAAACUAGAUUUAAUGGAUGAAGGUACCGAUGCCCGAGACAUCUUGGAAAAUAAGCUGCUUCCACUUCGCAGAGGGUAUAUUGGUGUUGUCAACAGAAGUCAGAAGGAUAUUGAUGGAAAGAAGGACAUUCAAGCUGCCAUUGCUGCUGAGAGGAAGUUUUUUCUUUCUCAUCCUGCAUAUCGACAUAUGGCAGAUCGGAUGGGAACACCAUAUCUGCAGAAAGUACUUAAUCAGCAACUGACCAAUCACAUUCGAGAUACGUUGCCAGCCUUCCGGUGCAAACUUCAGGCACAGCUUCUUUCGUUGCAGAAGGAGGUGGAGGACUACAAGAAUAUUCAGCCCGAUGACCCAUCCCGCAAGACCAAGGCCUUACUACAGAUGGUGCAACAGUUCUCCGUAGACUUUGAGAAACGGAUUGAAGGCUCUGGGGACCAGGUGGAUACACUGGAAUUGUCAGGUGGUGCCAAAAUCAAUCGCAUCUUCCACGAGCGGUUCCCAUUUGAAUUAGUAAAGACCGAGUUUGACGAGAAGGAUCUGCGGAAAGAGAUAAGCUACGCCAUCAAAAACAUCCACGGCAUCAGAACUGGCUUGUUUACUCCAGACAUGGCCUUUGAAGCAAUAGUGAAGAAGCAGAUAGUGAAGCUGAAGGCUCCAUGCUUGAAGUGUGUGGAUAUGGUCAUCGAAGAGUUAAUUAACACAGUCCGCCAGUGUGCUAGAAAGCUGGGAACCUUCCCCAGGUUAUGUGAGGAGACAGAGAGGAUCGUAACCACGCACAUACGAGAGAGGGAAGGGAAGACCAAGGACCAGGUGUUGCUGAUGAUUGAAAUCCAUUUGUCAUAUAUUAAUACAAAUCAUGAAGAUUUUAUUGGAUUUGCAAAUGCGCAGCAACGAAGCAGCCAACUUCGUAAGAACAGUACUGCAGGAAACCAGGUGAUCCGGAAAGGCUGGCUCACAAUCAACAAUAUUGGAAUCAUGAAAGGCGGUGCUAAGGAAUACUGGUUCGUUCUAACAGCAGAGAGCCUAUCCUGGUAUAAAGAUGAUGAGCAAAAAGAAAAGAAAUACAUGCUACCUUUGGACAAUCUGAAAGUACGAGAUGUUGAAAAAAGUUUCAUGUCCAGUAAACACGUGUUUGCUCUAUUUAACACGGAGCAGAGGAACGUUUAUAAGGACUACCGUUAUCUUGAGCUGGCUUGUGAUUCUCAAGAAGAAGUUGAAAGCUGGAAAGCAUCCUUCCUUCGAGCCGGGGUGCACCCAGAUAAGUCUUGUAUGGAAAAUGAUUCUGGGAGCUCUGGAGAGAACUUCUCCAUGGAUCCACAGCUGGAGAGACAGGUGGAGACCAUUCGCAAUUUGGUGGAUUCUUACAUGGCAAUUAUUAACAAAUGCAUCCGGGACCAAAUGCCAAAGAGUAUCAUGCAUCUAAUGCUCAACAACGUUAAGGACUUCAUUAAUGCAGAGCUCCUGGCCCAUCUUUAUUCUUCAGGGGACCAAAACACUUUGAUGGAGGAAUCAGUGGAGGAGGCACAACACCGAGAAGAGACUCUCCGCAUGUACCAUGCUAUCAAUGAAGCACUGCAAAUUAUUGGGGACAUCAGCUCCUGCACCAUAUCUACCCCAAUGCCUCCACCAGUGGAUGCUUCCUGGUUACAGACCUCUUCACACAGAACUCCUCCACCAAGUCCCACAACACAGCGAAGGCCACAGCUGAACACCCAACCUGUGAGGCCAGGGCGAGGGAUGGCUCCCAGUGUCCCACCUCUAAAUCUGUCAGCAGGGGCUCCACCUGUUCCAUCGCGACCUGCUCCUUUGUCUCCAUUCGCAAACAAUAGCAACGAUGCAUUUGGAGCCCCACCACAACUCCCCUCCAGACCAUCAAGAGCCCCUCCAAGUGUGCCAAGACGUUGAGAGGAAUGCUGCUGUCUCUCCAACAGUGCCGAAGACCUCCACCUUCACCCACCCGGUCUGCUGUCAUGUGAACAAUGCACCCCUUCAAUACAGACUGCAUCAUUUCCCGGCAUGCUAGAAACUUUCUGACAUCACAAAAGCAACUUACAAUCAAAAUAAUGGAAUACUCUGUAGGUAGACCAAAUGAAAGGCCUGCAUGAUCAGGUACUUUUAGACGUUUAGCAUACUUUCCUAAUGGCAUUACUUUCAUUUAAAUAUUGCCAUUGCUGUUAUGUUCUGAAAAGCCCAGAAUCUAUCUUAAACUUCAGCCAUGACUACAGAAAACACUAGUGCAGUUAUGCACUGCAGAAGCUGAGAAAGGCAGAAUUUAUUUCUGCCAUAUAACUUGAUGCAAAAACCUGAGGGCUGUGUAUGUACACCCAGAUGAAUAUGCAGAAAUGACUCAUUUGUAUUUCCAACCUUAGACAUGUUUGAUUGGGACAGUGUAUUUAUUUGCAACUUAUCAAAAUUCUCAUUGUCACGAAUACAGUCAGUUCUCCAUCAUGUUAAUUUAUGUCAGGGUGAAACCAUUUUCUCAUGCCUUUGGAAUUAUUUUCUGUCUUUAUAGUUGUGCCUCAUAUUGUCUUUAAUAGCAUUCUGAUUUUAAAUAUAGAUUGGAGGUGCAAUAUUGUUCCCUGAAUCCUGAACUCUGCAUGUAACUUUUAUUGUGCUUUCUUGCCAAGUGGCAUUUACUACUGAUCUUACACCCUUAAUGAUUGGAGAUUCUUCAGCAAACUGGAAAAUUUGUCAAGUGAUCCAGAGGAGAGAUUUAUAGCACUAAUAAACUGUUGGGGCCAUGAAAGUAAAAGAAGUAAAAUGUUGCCACUAACAAACUUGUAAAAGGUGCCAUCAUGUUGUUUCGCCACAUGGAACUGAUGAACUGCUUUGCACUACAUACAUUUCUGAGACAGAAUUCACCUGGGACACUGAAAAUGAUUUAAAGGAAUUUCCAUUACUGGGAAAUCUUUGAGGAUUAGAAAUAAUGUAAUGUGUGAUGUUUUUCCCUUCCAUUUUGAUUUAACAGCACAAGAUUUUGCUUAUUUGUUGUCCUGAGGUUUGAUAUUAUAUGCCUCAGAAGGCUUGGAAUUCUCUCUCUUUGUGGGACGUGUUCAGAUGAAAUAUUUAGAUACCAAUGCCAGAAGCCAAACAAAUGUUAACGUAGUUCAUGGCAUCUUUACACUUUAUAAAUGACUUUUUCCAUCAGCUAGUGUUCUGGGUAUUCCUGUACUGUGUUCCUCAUUUUAAAAUCAUAAACUAUAUUGUAAGACACUGUAGCAGAAUUGUAUACAGACAUUUUAAAUGGUUGUGUUUAUUUAUUGUUUGUUUAAAAUAUUUUGUUGUUUUACUUAGAAACCUGAAAUGCGCAUUGCUUUUAUAUAAAUGCUGUUAACAGAAAUGCUGGAUUAAUACACGCAUUUCAACUUUUACUGCACGUAUUUUCCCAUAGUGUGACUAAGUGGAAAGGAUGGGUGAUGGUUUUCUAAAAAAAAUGUCUUCCUGAACCAGCGUGUACUGGAAUCGACCAGAACACAUAAGGGUUCACAAGUUACAGCUGUGGAGAGCAAUUGAAAGAGCCAACAUGAAGCAAGCAUAAAAGAAGCUAUGAAAACCAAGAAACCCAACUCUGGAAUUUAAAGAACAGUGCAGAAAUCUUAAGUAAAAUUAGUUUUUAACUAAAAUGUAUGAAUGAUAAACAUUACAAAAAGAAUAUACCAUGCAAUGUUGAUGUACAUUUUUAUAUGCAGGAAAACCUUCGGGAGUUUUGCACUUUUUAUUUCUGAACUUGCUGGAUUCCCUAAUAAAUGUAUUUAUGUAUUAGUGUCAUGUAAUACAGAGUUUGUACGCCUAACUUAAUUUACUGUAUCUUCCUUGUUUCUUGAUGUCUGCACUUUCCUUUGGCUGUUUCUUAACUGAUAAUCACAGCCACUCUUUAAUCUGCUAAUUACUAACUGUUUUAACUGUAUGUGUUUGUCUGCUAAUAAAAAUGAACAGAAGCUUAAAUAAAAGCAAAGUUAAAAUAAAAAUGUGAACUUCUGGUA